GCGUCCCGAGGAGUCAUGGAGGUAGCCUGUACGUCGUGGCCAUUCAGUAGGCUGUUUGGGUUCCCUGUCACGCAGUGUCUCUUCUCCUGGAAGGUCACCAUGGUGCGAAUGAAUGUUUUGGCGGAUGCUCUCAAGAGCAUCAACAACGCCGAGAAGAGAGGCAAGCGCCAGGUCCUCAUCAGGCCAUGCUCUAAAGUCAUCGUUCGGUUCCUGACUGUGAUGAUGAAGCACGGCUACAUUGGUGAAUUCGAGAUCAUUGAUGAUCACAGAGCUGGGAAGAUCGUAGUGAACCUCACAGGAAGGUUGAACAAGUGUGGAGUUAUAAGCCCUAGAUUUGAUGUUCAACUCAAAGACCUAGAGAAAUGGCAGAACAAUCUGCUCCCAUCACGACAGUUUGGUUUCAUUGUGCUGACAACCUCUGCUGGCAUCAUGGACCAUGAAGAGGCAAGACGAAAACACACAGGAGGGAAAAUCCUGGGAUUCUUUUUUUAAAUGUAAAGCAUAAAUAAAAAGUCUUCAUGGACUGUG